CACCAUCUGUGUGAUCUGCAGUCUACCCCUUUGGUUGUCAUAUUCAUUACGUUCACUCUGCGCCGGAAGAAGAACCUGCGAACGCUUUUGGAAGUAUGGCGGCCGUAGAUAUCCGAGAUAAUCUGCUGGGAAUUUCAUGGGUUGACAGUACCUGGAUCCCCAUUUUGAACAGUGGUAGCGUCCUGGAUUACUUCUCAGAAAGAAGUAAUCCUUUUUAUGACAGGACAUGUAAUAAUGAAGUGGUCAAAAUGCAGAGACUAACAUUAGAACAUUUAAAUCAGAUGGUUGGUGUGGAAUACAUCCUUUUGCAUGCUCAAGAGCCCAUUCUUUUUAUUAUUCGGAAGCAACAGCGGCAGUCCCCUACGCAAGUUAUCCCACUAGCAGAUUACUAUAUCAUUGCUGGAGUGAUUUAUCAGGCACCAGACUUGGGAUCAGUUAUAAAUUCCAGAGUGCUUACUGCAGUUCAUGGCAUUCAGUCAGCUUUUGAUGAAGCUAUGUCAUACUGUCGAUAUCAUCCCUCCAAAGGGUAUUGGUGGCAUUUCAAAGAUCACGAAGAGCAAGAUAAAGUCAAACCCAAAGCCAAAAGGAAAGAAGAACCAAGCUCUAUUUUCCAAAGACAACGUGUGGAUGCUUUACUCUUGGACCUUAGACAAAAAUUUCCACCCAGAUUUGUGCAGCAAAAGUCUGGAGAAAAGCCUGUCCCAGUGGAUCAGACAAAGAAAGAGGCAGAACCUAUACCAGAAGCUGUAAAACCUGAGGAGAAAGAGACCACAAAGAACGUCCAACAAACAGUGAGCACAAAGGCCCCCCCUGAGAAACGGAUGAGACUCCAGUGAGUAUUUCACAAAGAGAAGCUUGCAAGACUCCUGUUGUCCACUGUAAUACCUCAUUUCUGUAGCAAGCUCUUAAGCUUUAACAUACUUUGUCACAGUUCUCUCCUUUGCAUGGAAUAUGCUUGUUUUAUAAGAAAGGAUGUUAUUCCCGUCAUAUUUUCUGUGUGAACAUUUCUUAUGCAUCUUUUAUAACCUUUCCCCUACUGGAGUUGUUCAGCAUUCCCACUCACAUGUGUACCAGGUUGUGUAUGUUUAAAAACACAAUAAAGGUAUUUGUAUAUAUUGCUUCGUCAUGACUUUUUUUCCCCCUUUCUGCGCCUUUUGAAAUUUUUCCAGCUGCACUUCAUGAACACAUAGCUCAGUAUUAAAGUAGUAGCUUAGUUUUUUUUCUUUUAUUAGUUACAUAUUCCUCAUUAUUAAAAUAACAGUUAUUGACAGUUAGGAAGAUACAGAAAAGGAAAAACUUACCCACCAAUACCGUCACACUACAAAUACUGUAACAGUGUUAUAAAUUUUUAGUCUUCUUUUUCUGCACAUAGAUACUUUUAAAACCGUAGUUUGUAAUUAUUCUGUUCAUACACUUUUACUUUAGCAUAUUAUAUUUGUUGUAAGCAUUUCUUCAUAUUUACAUAAUUUUUAUAGACCCAUCCAUUUUAGUGACUGAAUAAUUUCUGUGAUUAUAUCACAGUUUUCUUAACCUUUUCCUGUGGUAUAUUUAGAUUUUUUCCAGUUUGUAUUUUAAAUAAAGCUAAAGUGAUUAUAUUUGUUUAUAAUGCUUUUUCAAUAUUUAGUAUUUAUUUCCUUAGGAUAGAGUCCCAAAAGUAGAAUCACUAGAGUCGGUACAUUUUUAUUGUUCUUGGUCCAUAUUGCCAAGUUGUUUUGAUCUAAAGAUUGACCAAUUAUCAUUCAUACAGCAUAGUAUGAAAAUACUAGGUUCUCCAGAACCUUGCUGCCACUGGGUAUUGUCAUUUAUAUUUCUCGUGCUAAUUAGCAAAAAAUCAUGUGUUAUUAUUUUAAGUGGUUGAACAAUUUUUCAUCUUUGUUUUCUGCUUUUAUGAAAUGUCUGAUUUUCUAUAUUGUGUGAGAUUUUUCUUUUAACUUUCGAUGUAUUUUGGGCUUACAGAAAAAUCUAAGAAUAGUUAAAAGAAUUCCUAUAUGUAUACUUUUCAUCUGGAGUGCCUAUAUAUUAACAUUUUUCCAUAUUUGUGUUAUUUAUUACACUCUUGUCUCUUGCUGUCAUUUGCUGUUUGUGUAUGUGUGUAUAUAUGUAUAUAUGUGUAACAUAUGAAUAUAUGUAUGCAUGUGUGUGUGUGUGUGUGUAUGACACACACACACACGUCUUUUAGUUUUGGAUUGUUUGAGAGUCAGUUGCAGUCAUAAUGUCCUUUUAUCCCUAAGUACUUUAGUGAGUACAUUUCUUCUAUAUUUAUUAAUUGACUUUUUGUUAGGAAGAGCUUUCCCUUCUGUCCUGUUUAUAUAUUAUAUCAUUGUGGACUCCUGGAUUUUUACUUUAUUCAAUAGGUUAUAUUUACUUAAUAUUGUUUAUAUUGAUACUCAAAUUGUGCCAGGUUUGGCCAGUGGGAGACAUCUCAAGCUGAUUCCUGUGUCCUUUUGACAUGACCCCAUCAUUCACUGAGCAUUUUCUUCACUUUUUGGCAUAGUAAGAUAGUGAGGCUCAUUCCAACCCUGGAAUCAGCCAUUGCUCUAAGUAUCCCUAGUUCCUUUUAAUAGAGAAUGGCAUUUAGAAAUCAAGAUCUGGGAGCUAGGUGUGCUCAUUGCUGCUCGAGUGCCUUUGCUUCUAGACCCUCCCAGCUGACAGAAGUGGGAAAUAGAUACAGACGUGUGUAUGUGUGAAUACACAUACAUCCACAUGUCUGUAUCUAUUUCUAUAUUUGUCUAUAUAUACUAAAAGCCAUUAAUUCACACCGAUACCGCCAUUUCCAGUCUAUCACCACAAUAUUCACUCUGGUCUUCCCUCUUCCAUAUUUGUAACUCCCUUCUCCAUUGAUGAGAAUUCCUAUUAUAAAUAACACUAAUUUGCUUAAUACUAGAAUACAUAGAAAGUAGCUUUAGAAUUGCUAGCUUACACCUCUGCUUAAAGGAAUCCUCUAACUAGAGUUCAGUGUUUGCUUCAAGUUCUUUUUGUCUUUAGCCUGAGGACAUAUUACUCAAAUACUAUGUUAAAAAAUUACUUGAGUUAAUUUUGGUCUUGGUUAUGUUACUCAUGAACUGGUUCAGUUCGUUUGUUUCUGUUUUGAAUUCCAUUUCAGGUAAUUUUCUCUCAUUUUUGUUGGUUUCUUUCUGUUUUUUUUU